AUGGAUGACCCCACCUUACUGCCCCUUGUGGAUGUGGAUAAAGGAUUUGCUAUUGCAUUGUUCCUGCUCCUUUGUGUGUUCCUCGCCAUGAUGAUCGUACGCUGUGCUCGCCUUAUCAUGGAUCCCUAUAAAGACAUCCCGAAUUCCAUGUGGGAAGACCAGUAG